CACCAUGUUGGAUCAACUGCACAUCUCAGUGGCAUUGUGACCAAUAGUUUUAUCAUGCCAGUGGCAGCGGAGCGGCUUGGGCCCAAACUGUAGAUCUCCAUGCGUGUUUCUUCCUCUCCCCCGGCGGACAGCAGGGCUCACCUCCCUGAUCGGAAGGACUACUUGCGUGAGUGAGUGAGGGACAGGCACACCGAUUAGCUCGCUGCAAGCUGUCAGGUUGAAUACUACUGUCUUCUUUCUAGCUCCUGGCAGCUGGAUGAUUUAUUAUGUAUUAAAAGGAUUUAACGUUUCUCCCUGCAUUGUUAUUUCGUCUCUCUGGCUGUGCGCUGAUGAGCCGCAAGACGAAAGUGAAACAUACUAAAACAACAAGGCUGUCGAUGGGGGAGUUAAGUUGCCUGCCAGCCGCCUGUGAGGAUUGCUCUUCUCUUUUUUGGAGUCAUGGUCGAAGCUUCGUCACUCUGUCAGACUGAUGGGAAUUUCUUUCCAGGCGCGCUCGUUGGAUUGUUGUAAUAAUAAUAUGUGAGUGGAGUGGAUGAGCAAGGCCUGGGCCUGCCUGCCUGCGUGCGCUGCUCUAUUGUGGCCUGGGCUUGGAUACAGUUCCUGUGCACCGGAUCAGCAGCGUUAAUUAAGGCUCGGAGAUUACCGCUGUCUGGCCUGCGCACACAUUGCGCACACAUCAGAAGGAGGAUUCAGUCUGACAUAAUAAAUGCGUUUUCCAAGCCGUGUGGAGCCCCUGUGGUGGGAAGAGCAACGACUGUGGACCAGAGCGUGUGGCAAACUUAGACACUUUUAAAAGAUGAAUUCGCUGCUUCCCAUGUGACAUGCUUUAGAUCAUACUGUUCUUUCAAGACUGGGGAAGCUGAAUUUCAUGAGGAGAAGGGGGGCGCCACCUCUACCAUGAGGGACAUCUAGGGCCAGCGACUUUUUUUAUUGAUUGAGGGGGGUGCGGGUUAUUUUCAAUUCAUUUUUAUUUAUCAUUGUUAGGAGUGGCGCUGUUAGGGUUGCACACAUUUUUAGACUUGGGUGGUCAUUGCUGUACAUGCUCAUGAUAUGCUUUCCGUUAUUAACCCCCGGCUGACAUAGUCUAACGGUGUGCAGGCAAGAAAAUUAAUUUAGAGGAAGUGGGUCAGAUCUUGUUGGGAUUAUGAUAACAAAACAAAGUAGCAGGUGUUGGAUCAUUUAAACCGCCAGUCUGCUGUCUAUGAAUCAGUCGCCCGGCAGCCAUUAUCAUCACUUUUUUAAUCACUGAAUGGCUCUUUGCGGCACCACGGCUACAAAUGUUACAAAAAUGAUGUCUGCUUAUAACGGUGGCUCCUCGACAGUGGCUGCCCAUCACCCGCAUCACCACCACCAACUCCAGCACCUUCCGACCCCCCACAUGCACCACCACCAUCACGCGGGCCAGCAUCACUUGCAGCACCCGGGCUCCGCCGCCGCCGUGCACACAGUCCAGCAACACAGCUCCACGGCUGCAGCCGCGGCUGUGAUGCUCAACCCCGGCCAGCAGCAGCCAUACUUCCCCUCUCCUGCGCCCGGACAGGCUCCCGGGCCGGCGGCCGACGCGGCUCCCGCCCAGGUCCAAGCCGCUGCUGCUGUCAAAGCUCACCACCACCAUCAGCAGCAGCACACGCACCACAUACAGCAGCAGCUGGAUAUUGAGCCUGACAGGCCCAUCGGCUAUGGGGCGUUUGGGGUUGUCUGGUCAGUGACGGACCCAAGAGAUGGAAAGCGAGUUGCCCUCAAAAAAAUGCCCAAUGUCUUCCAAAACCUUGUUUCUUGCAAGAGGGUAUUCCGGGAGCUGAAGAUGCUAUGCUUCUUCAAACAUGAAAAUGUGCUCUCUGCUCUGGACAUACUACAACCUCCACACAUCGACUACUUUGAAGAAAUCUAUGUGGUAACUGAACUGAUGCAAAGUGACCUCCAUAAGAUCAUUGUCUCACCACAACCUCUGAGCUCAGACCAUGCCAAAGUUUUUCUUUAUCAGAUUCUACGAGGACUUAAAUACCUUCAUUCUGCUGGCAUCCUGCACCGAGACAUCAAGCCAGGCAACCUCCUGGUCAACAGCAACUGUGUGCUUAAGAUCUGUGAUUUUGGCCUGGCCCGAGUGGAGGAGUCAGAUGAGUCACGGCACAUGACUCAAGAAGUGGUGACGCAGUACUACCGAGCUCCUGAGAUCCUCAUGGGAAGCCGCCAUUACACCAACUCCAUCGAUAUCUGGUCCGUGGGCUGCAUCUUCGCUGAGCUGCUGGGGCGACGCAUCCUCUUCCAAGCCCAAAGUCCCAUUCAGCAGCUGGAUUUAAUCACUGACCUGUUGGGGACUCCCUCUAUGGAAGCAAUGAGGACCGCAUGUGAAGGUGCUCGUGCACACAUUCUCAGAGGACCUCACAAGCAGCCAUCCCUUCCUGUUCUGUACACACUGUCUAGCCAAGCGACCCAUGAAGCUGUCCACCUCCUCUGUAGGAUGCUGGUGUUUGAUCCGUUGAAGAGGAUUUCAGCGAAGGAUGCCCUGGCUCACCCUUACCUGGACGAGGGUCGACUGCGCUACCACACAUGCAUGUGCAAAUGCUGCUACACCACAUCGUCUGGCCGUGUUUACACCAGUGACUUUGAGCCCGUCACUAAUCCCAAGUUUGAUGAUGGCUUUGAGAAGAAUCUGAGCUCUGUGAGACAGGUCAAAGAGAUCAUCCAUCAGUUCAUUUUGGAGCAGCAAAAGGGGAGUCGAGUGCCACUCUGCAUUAACCCUCAAUCAGCUGCUUUCAAAAGCUUUAUCAGUUCCACAGUGGCUCAGCCCUCUGAAAUGCCUCCGUCUCCACUGGUGUGGGAAUAGCUGCUGCUGCUGUGUGUCACCAUGUUUCCUAACUGACAAGCUGCUAAACUGGGAUCAAGAACGUGUCUCAACGUCCUCUACGUCUGCGUAGCAUUUCACUGGAUAGCUGUCCUAGCGGGUCUGCUGUGUGUAUGCUGGAAUAUGAAACAAAUGAAGAGAAAUCCACUGAUAAUUGCUUUAUGGGUGUGCAUCACAGCGGUCUGGCAUGCAAAUGAAUGAGACAAAUGCUCUGUAGACCAAAUCAGAAUGUUUUAAACAAACUCAUCUGGUUACUUCCAGGUAGAAGAUAAGAUUUAACAGCUAUUGUACAUUUGUUUUGCUAUAUAUAUUAAUAUAAAUUUUUAAAAAGAUGUCUAUUUUAACAUUUAUGUAAUCACAAUCGAUCUGCAUUAUUUUGCCUACCUUCACUUCUGCACUGGUAAAUUAAAUCCAACUUUGCUUCUAAUUCAGGCAAUAGAUUGUAAUUGUGUUGGCAUACUCAAUGGGCCUCAUGCAUGAAUCAUUCAUACACACAGAUUUGAUCUUAAUUGUGUGUAUGGGCAAUUUAGGAGCUUUUAUGGCAUUUGUCAAUACUUUCCUGCUUCCUGUCCAUUCUUAAAUAGUUUUAAAAUUUAAGAGUGACCUGUACACACGUAACUCGAUGUACACAAAAACCAAUUUGUCCUGUGAAUUAUUAUUAUUGUAGCCUGCCAGACUAAUUCACAAGUGUGCAUUAAUCUGGAACCUCCUAGUUAAUGUUUGAUUUCGGACGGUUGUAUUCAAUGAGUGCACCCCAAAAUGCCUCUGUAUAGACCUACAGGUGCAUCUCAAUGAAUUAGAAUAUCAUAGAAAAGUUUAUUUCUGUCAGUAAUUAAAUUUAAAAAAGUGGAAAUAACACAUUAUUUAGAUCCAUUACACACAAUGAAAUAUUUAAUGUCUUAAUUUCUUUCCUUUCUUCUAAUUAUAAUGAUUCUGGAUUACAUUUAAUGAAGACCUAAAAGUCAGUGUCUGAAAAAUAUGACUAUUUACAAAAGACCAAUUUUAAAAAGUAUAUAUAAAUAUAGAAAUGUUUGCCUCUGAAAAGUAUGUCCAUCUAAAUGACUCAAUACUUGGUUGGAGCUAUUUGACUUGAACUACUGGAAAUUGACUUUUUCACAUAUUCUAAUGUAUUGAGAUAAACCUGUAUACAACCAAUCAGAUGAAUAAUAUGUGAUCCACAAACAAUUGGGGAAUUGGGGAGCAACGAAACACCAACCUCUCCACACCUGUCAUGUACUCAAUCAAGACACUGCACCAGUCUGCAUUAUUACCUUUCAACAUUAACUUGUAAUUUAGGUGAUCAGGGAAAAAUCCACUUCUCCAGUGGCUUAUAACAACUCAGCAACCCUUGGAACCAGCAGAAGGUAGCCUGUAUCCAACAGCUGAUGCACACUGCCUCAGUGGUGAAAAGCCUGUGAAAGCUUUCAUAGUCACCUGAAAAAGUGUGCUAGCUGUAUUCUGCACACAAUUACAAUGCAGCAUGGUAUGUCCCCACCCCACGAGUCACCACCUUAACACAUGGUUGGUGAUGGUUUCAUGGGACCUGACCAUUUAUUUCACUUGUGUAACAUAAAAGCAGAAUGCAGCUUUUUCUAGAUUGUGAAAUGACUUGCGCCUAAACUCAAGGCAGAAAAAAAUCUAAAGGCAUAUAUUUGAUGAAGUGUUUUUUUAUUUAUUUUAUGCUUCAUUUAUUUCUUAGAGAGUGUCAGUAAUUUGUGGGAAAAGGGGGAUGACAUAUGCUGAAGAGUCUCAAAUACAGUCAUGGAAAACAUUAUUAGACCAUUGUUUUCUUCAAUUUCUUGUUCAUUUUAAUGGCUGGUACAACUAAAGGUACAUUUUUUUGGACAAAUAUAAAGAUAACAAAAAAAAAUAGCUCAUAAGAGCUCAUAAUAGCUGAUAUCUAGCCAUUUUCCAAGUUUUUAUUGAUAAUAACCAAAAUCAUUAACAAGAAAACCAUGGAAAAUGUCUAGGUAUCAGCUCUUAAAUUAAACUUUUAUCUUAUUUUUUUGUUAUCUUUAUAUUUGUACAAAAAAAUGUACCUUGAGUACCAGCCAUUAAAAUGAAGAAGAAAUUGAAGAAAACAAGGGUGGUCUAAUCAUUUUUUCCAUGACAGUAUCUUCUAUCUGUUUUGGGUGUUCUUUCCUUUGAACAGAUCUAACAGACUGCUGCCUGUUGCACGUUUCAUGAAUCUCAUGUAGAAUGUUCUUAUUUUCCUCUUACUGCUUUGUGUAAGAACAAAAAAAAGAGAAAAUAGGAAAAAAUUCAUACAUGAGGCUAGCUUAAUAAAAAUCAGCUAUUAACUGCAUUAUCUUCUGUACUCCCCUGCACAUUUGGCCAUAGUUUUUUACUUAAUAUGUAACAAUUAAUUUGCCAAAGAUCAGGAGCCUCAUGUAUAAAUGAAACAUAAAUGUUAAGAUUGUCUGCAACUUUGAAAGGUUUGGGAUUUAUAAAAUGUUCUUUACAAAUUUUCUACACUGAACAAGCUGCCAUCGUAGUCUCCGCCUCCCUGCUCUCUCUUCAAACCCUUUUUUUCAUGAUCAGAUACAAUGCAAUUCGAUGGUGAGCACUGCUGUUCUGUAAACUGCUGAUAGCCCCACUUUUUCAAUACACCUAGGAAAGCCAUGCGUCCCCUCCAUGUCCUAGCUCUCUAGUUUGUGGUUGUAAGGUUUUGUGAGGCUCUGAUUAUACUGGAGGUCACAACGGGUCAUUUUAUACACUGAGGUCAAGUUUUUAACGGGGACUAACAUCAUUACACUUGAAUUAAAUUGGGCUAAUUGAAUCUACAACAGUCUCAGCUUUCCAGUCAUACCCACUUUAUGCAAUUCCAAGACUGUUUAGUUUUUUUUUUAAUUGUAAAAAUAAAUUGGGAAAAACAUUUAUACUGCAUGCAAAAACUGCAUUGUUCUUGCCCAAAACUGCAUGGAAUUAGAAUAAAAUGGGCAUGUCUGUAAAGGGGAGACAAGUGUGUACCCAUAGAAACCAAUGGGCAAGCUGGCAGUUUUUCCCUUGCUUAAAUUAAGCCUGAGUUUGGAGCAGUGUGUCGCCCACUUCCCAAUAAGAUAGCAUGACAUGGUUGGUACCAAUGGAUUCCUUAGGUCAUCUAGGUUCAUAUAAUAUCAACAACCAUGAUAUGUAUAGAUGUGUAUAUAUAUCUCAAUAUCUGUGGCAUUAAAUCUGAGCCUUUGAUAGAUGCAAAGCCAGCUGAGGAUGCCGGCGUCCUCAAGGAGUUUAAUCUUUUUAAUUAAUUAAUGGAUUUUUAUUACAGAUUUAUGACUUUAACAACACAUCUUCAGAGGAUUUAUACCACUCUUAUGUGGCAUCUACUGUUGACCUGCUGUCUCCCCUUAAAAAUCCCCCGGUUCCCACCCCCAAUUCUUUAUAAAGGGGGCUAACUAACAGUGAUUUAAUGAUGAACAGUAUAUUAAUUUCAUGCAUUAUGUGCUUAAUCAAGUUUGACUUAUGUAUCUGUACAUGUCAGCGAGUUGAAAUAUAAGAUGCACAUACCUACUUGUGAUCUUUACUGGCAUUCUUUCUAUUUUCAUUUCAACUUAUCAGUUCACAGUCAGCAAAGCUUCUAUCAUUUACUUAUAUACCCAACACAUGUUACUUUAGUGUAUUUAUACACUGUAAAAAAGUUUGUAGAAAUUACAGUAAAACACUGUCAAAUUGCAUGAGAAAUUGGGCGUAAAAUUGAAAAUUACAUAUCACAUUAGUAAACACCCCCGCGACCCGGCCCCGGAUAAGCGGAAGAAAAUGGAUGGAUGGAUGGAUUAGUAAACUCUUUUAAUUACCGUUAAUCAAGGAAUAGUACUAAACUUUUGAAAAACUGUAGAAAACCAUUUUACUGCAAAAAUAUAAAGUUUUCACGUAAAAUUUAAUAAGAAUUACCAUAUAGUCACAAGGACACAAUUACCCUACAAAGGGUCAUUUCUAAAUUACAGAUUUUGCUGAUAUUUACAUUUAGAUUUAUAAUAGAAAACCCACUCACUGAAAUUUUUACGGCGAAAUUAUGGCAACCACUGUUGCCGUUAUUUUAGCGUAAAGUUAACAGAUUUUUUUUUUAAAGUGCAAAAACAAAGUAUUUUAGAGCUAAAUUAGUAGAAUUAACUAAAAUGCAGCCUUGGACAUAUUUAAUAUUCAUGGUUGUUGUAAAAGAAAAUGAGAGUAUACACAAAUGUUAGGCGUCUUAAGAAGAGGACAUGCGUACAAGAAUGUAAUUAUUGUUUAGAUAUACAGUAUGUGAAGUUUUAAAUAUAUGUAUAAUAUACAUGUAUUGGAACAAGUAAAUGUAUGCAUGUAUAUGCUAUUAUGCGCAUGUUUUCAGUAAUGAAUGUAUGCAGCCGCUUAUACAUGAGGCCCCUCUAUUUUUGUUUAUAAAUAUUGUGAAAUAUUCAGUUGAACCUGUCCCAGUAUGUAAAGCUUCAGUCAGGUAGGGUCAGGUAUCCCCAAGAGCUUUAUUUCUCUUUGGAAUAAUGAAACUUAGUAUUAACAGUGGUCCAUUGAUUAGCACACUGUUGUGCUGAAUAUAAAUUAAUCCUGCAGGGGUUUUAGAUGACUUUUGUUCUGUUUAAUAUAUUUGAAGGCGAUGGUUGUGUGUUUGGCCCUUUCUGUGAAUAGGAAAUUAAUUUUAAACUGGAUCAGUCUUAAAGCUAUCCUCUUACUACGCCCUUCAGAAAGCCUAUGUCACUUACUGUCCUGACAAAGGGAAAAGGAGCAGAAAAGGGAACACCAUAGUGCUACUCCUACCUCCUCCUUUGACUAGCCACAGUACGUUAACUGCUAAGAUUCAGUUCAGUGCUGAUGUAUGGCUAAAAAGGUUUUAACUUUAACUUCACUGAACUGUCUUGUCCUGUGCCUCCUAACUUCACUGCUCAGACAGUAAAGUAACUAUUUCCCCACUCAACCAAACUGAGCAAAAUUAAGUCCAAAGAGUAUGGAGAGACAGAUUCAAGAAAAACACACACCAAUUGAAACUGCACUUAAAAAAUUGCCACAAAAAAUUAUGCCAAAUGAAAUUUAUUUUUUAUUUCAUUACAUUUUGAUUGAUUGUUGGUGUAGGCCCAAAGCAACUUGUAUUCUUCAGAUAUAAAAAAACAUUGUUACUUAUUUACAGCAUUACAUUGUAUAUUAUUUUUACAUUUUAGUCAACUAAAAUGUGCACCAUAACUAAAGAAAGUCUCCAGCUCGGCAUCUUUACCUCUACAUUUUGCCAACUUCAAGUCUAGGUUUGAUUGUCCCUUUGCUUCCAAAUCCCCUGAGAUAUUUCUUCAGUGUCCAGCCUCUCAUUUGCACUUGGGUCCUGGCUGCAUUCUGACAGAAUCAUACAAAAAAAUGCUCAAUAUGAUCUUUUAGCAUUGUUGGUAGGUUAAUUUAGACUCAGUAGGCUGUUUCAUCUUCAUUGUAAGGCUUAAAAAUAAGGUUUGUGGCUCCAUUACGUUAAUUUCCCCAUUUUUUUUUGGCCAACAAUGGCUCUUUAGUUAGUAAAAGUUGCCGACCCCUGUUCCACACGAACUGCUCUCUGUACAUAACAUUUUUUUAUGAUAGCCUCUAUAGUCUGCUGUUGGCUAACAAAAAAAUCAACAUUUUUGUGUAGUAUGGGCCAUCAUUCUUGUUCAUGAGAACAUUUAACUCUAACAGUUUGAUUGUGGUGGCCGAAUUUAUUCACAAUAUAAAUGCCAUGUUUCUGCUUUGAGUUGGGCAGGGAACCUUUGUUGCAUGUUAUUCCUCUCUCUUUCCCUACGUUUACCGUCCGUUACCAUGAGGUUUCCCAUUAUGUCUUGAUCUGUUCUCUACUUUUCUCUGCUAUGCUUAUUGUAGUUGUUCACAUCCAGUUCUGCUGGUUCACUUUGGGUUUGACUUUUCAAUGAGUAUUUAGUUAACUGGAUCAAACCUGUCUGCAUAAAGGUCUUUUUGUCAUUGAUGCAUAACAAACAGACCAUAGAACAACCGCAGCAAUCAUUUCCCUCUUUACACCCCCACUCUAACAAAGCCAGACAUUAGGAAACAAAUACGUUCAAUAUUACGAAUUAAGAAAGACGACAUUUAAGUGCAUUAUGGUUCUGUGUAUCUGCAUCUGUAGUAAAUGGACCUGCA